UCCUAGUACGGCUACGACAAUCAUCCGCCGCUCAUUCGAUUGAAUGUAGCGGUGGCCCGUGCGCCCAAUUCAGGGACCUCCAUCUAUAACAAUGUGUGACACUCUCUCCACAACAAAAAGUCGCAAGCCCGCCUCGCUCGAUGUGAGCAUUUGAUUCGAAUCGAUUUCCUUCCGAGAGGAUAUACGAUACAGAAGGACGCAGCAACCAUGGCGCCGCCCAAUGGCACGCACCAGCGCCACGCGAAAGCGAAGGCCAACGGGGUGGUUAAAGGAAGCGAUUUCGUGAACGCUACGACGGACCGCUCGAGGUGGCGGUUGAAGGACGACAGAGGGUGCCAGACGUGGCAUUAUCUGGAAACCGACGAGGAGGUAGAGGCGUGGCCGCAGACCGCGGCGGAUAGGUAUUUCCUAGGUAUCGAGACCGGACUCCCGAAACUGCAACCCGCAAAGACGCCCCUCGAGUCCGCUUCCAAUGGCCUCGAGUUCUUCUCCAAGCUCCAGCUGCCGCCUGGGAACUGGGCCUGCGAGUACGGCGGUCCCAUGUUCCUGCUCCCGGGCCUCGUUAUAACGUGGUAUGUCACCGAGACGCCGAUUCCGAAACCCUGGGCGAUCGAAAUGAAGAACUACCUCUUCGCGCGGCAGAAUCCUAAAGAUGGUGGGUGGGGUCUGCACAUCGAAGGGGAGAGCAGCGUUUUCGGAAUCGCGAUGAACUACACGACACUACGACUGUUAGGCGUUGAUGCGGACGACGAGCGCAUGGUGAAAGCGAGGAAGAGGCUAUGGGAGCUCGGGGGUGCGGUGAAUGGGCCUCACUGGGCGAAAUUCUGGUUGAGCGUGUUGGGAGUGUUCGAGUAUGAGAUCGUCAAUCCGGUUCCCCCUGAGCUGUGGUUGCUCCCUGAUUGGGUUCCGAUCUCGCCCUGGAGGUGGUGGAUUCAUAUGCGGCAGGUCAUGCUGCCCAUGUCGUACAUAUGGUCGAAACGCUGGAGUUAUCCGCUGAACGACUUGACGAGGCAACUGAGGACGGAACUCCUGACCCAGCCGUACGAGACGAUCAACCUUGAGAGCCACCGUAACACGAUCUCUCCAAUAGACAACUAUCACCCCAAGUCCUGGGUUCUCCGUCUUUUGUUCUGGCUUGUUAUUCAUAUAUGGAUGCCCCUCCUCCGGCCCAAUUGGAUGAAGAAGCGGGCUGAGGAAUGGACGUGGUGGCUCAUUGAGGCUGAAGACGAGAACACAUCGUACUCUAAUCUUGGGCCUGUCAACGGGCCCAUGAAUACCCUUGCUGCUUAUAUUCAGCUUGGCCCGGAUUCGGUACCGUUCAAGGAGCAUUUGAAGACGCUGCCCGAGUUUCUCUGGAUGAAGGACGAGGGCAUGUUGAUGAACGGAACCAAUGGCGUGCAGACCUGGGACACUUCUUUCCUCGUCCAGGGUGUUCUGACUGGAGGUUUCAUUGAAGACCCGAAAUGGAAGCCCAUGCUCAUCAAGGCAAUGGAGUUCCUGGAAGACCAACAGAUCUUGGAAGAGUGCCGCGACCAACACAAAUGCUACCGCCAGCAGCGCAAAGGCGCAUGGGGUUUCUCUACCCGGAAGCAAGGCUACACAGUAUCCGACUGCACCUCCGAAGGCUUCAAGUCCAUCCUCACCCUGCAAAAGCACCCCACCGCCAACUACCCACAGCUCAUCAGCGAGCGACGCUGCCUCGACGCAAUCGACGUCAUCCUAACCAUGCAGAACGAGGGUGGAGGCUGCGCGUCCUACGAGCCCACCCGCGGCUCCGAGCUCCUCGAGCACCUCAACGCCGCCGAGGUCUUCGGCCGCAUCAUGAUCGAAUACAACUACCCAGAAUGCACGACCGCAUGCGUGACCGCCCUCCACAUGGCGCAAAAGUACUACCCAGACUACCGCGCCAACGAAGUCAAGACCUUCAAGGCCGCCGCCAUCGAGUACAUCCGCCGCUCGCAGCUCCCCGACGGCUCGUGGUACGGCUCUUGGGGCAUCUGCUUCACGUACGCGACCAUGUUCGCCGUCGAGUCCCUCUCCUGCGGCGGCGAGCACUACUCCAACAGCGAGCGCGUGCGCCGCGCUUGCAAGUUCCUGCUCGACCGCCAGAUGGAGGACGGCGGUUGGGGCGAGACGUACAAGUCCUGCGAGCUGGGCGUGUACGACCAGCACCCGGAGAGCCAGGUCGUCCAGACCGCAUGGGCCGUCAUCGCGCUGCUCGAGUCCGACUUCCCGGACCCGGAGCCCCUGAAGAAGGCGCUGAGGUUGAUCAUGAGCAGGCAGCAGCCGAAUGGCGAGUGGAAACAGGAGGCUAUUGAAGGUGUCUUUAAUAAGAGUUGCAUGAUAUCGUACCCCAACUACAAAUUCAUCUUCCCGAUCAAGGCAUUGGGCAUGUUCGUCCAGAAGUUCGGCAACGACGCUUUACUUUGAUAGAUCACAAUCGCCGGUGGCGAUUAUACGAAUCGCGGAGCUGUGGAAACCAAAAUAGAUGGUUUAGACUCUGUAGUCAUGUGUAGUACGUAUAAUGUAUAAUCAACGUCCUCGAAAGUCGACUCGUCUCGACUUGACUUGACCCAGCC